AUGGAGACUGAUUCCUCCUCGGCUGUAGGCCGCCCGGUAGGCAGCUUUUCCGUCGACGAUAACGGCCUGGCCCGCUAUUCCUUCAAAAUCGAUGUUCCCGAAGGCAUCAGCAGAAACAGCACUCCCGAAAUCUCUUUAGAGUAUGCUCAAGGCCUGCCUAACGGCAUUCUCGGCGUUGGCUGGUCACUGUCCGGCACAUCUGCUAUUCGUCUCGGCGCCGCCAAGUUGCCGUCGGACAGUCCCAACUAUUCCAGAGUCGACUACGAUCGCUCGCAACCACGGUAUUUUCUCAAUGGCAGGGAGCUAUUGAUUGUCUGGGGCCAGUAUGGAGUGCCUGGGGCGUACUAUAAGCCAGAGCUCGAUCCCGAUGGCCAGACGGUCAAUCACGCCGACGAUGGCGGCUUCAUAGUUGAAGAUUUCGCGGGUGACAGGUAUGAAUACGGAACAACCCCAAAGAGCAGGAUCUUUUCCGAUACUCAGGGCGCCUAUAUCGAGUGGCAUUUGACGAAGCGGACUGAUCGGUUCGGAAACUCGGUCAGCUAUGGAUACGUUGGGCACCCGAGCAUUGGAGCCAGUGCCCUGGAAGACGAGCUAAAUGACUCUGUUAUUUUCGAAUAUGGCCCACGACCUGACCCUAUCGUUCGUUCAUCCUACGGCCAUAAAGCAAUUUACGCGCAGCGUCUGGCCAAAAUCCGCGUGGCGACCAACCUAGACUCUGGGCGCGUCGACUUGCGGUCAUACAGGGUUCAAAAAGGCAGGGACUUGGUUCCUACCGAAUUCACCUACUCGGGAGAGACGGCGGCGGGAUCCGGACCUAUUUUUAGGGUGGAUAACGCUAUCUCCACCUUACAGGGAACCAGGAACAACAUCAGCAUCGUGCCCUUGAAUAUCUCCGGCCGCGGCCUCACCGACUUGGCGUGCUUGCGCUAUCAAACGGAAACUAAGCAACUAUCCCUCAAGACAUAUCUUGCUGAGAAGAAGCGAGACGAUCACGGCGAGCUCGUCCUCAAAUUCAUCCAGGGCCGAGACGGCCGCGUGCAGCUUGAAGUGGACAAUGCCCAUCUUCUCAGCUCAUUCUCGAACGAGGAAAAGAAAAAGAUCACCGUGCUUCAGUGCGACAUCAAUGGUGACGGCGUCGAGGAUCUCGUGAUAUGCGCUGUGGAUAUUGUCCCCGUCGGGUCCGACAGACUCCUCAAAAUGUCCUAUACCACAUUUCUCAACGACGGCUGUGGACGCUUCGCUCAACAUGGAGAACCGCGUGUCUCCGUAGUGACCCUCGGGCCCGAGCAAGCACCCCCAGGAACCGGGUCCUUCCGUGUGACAAAUUUCUACGGCUCCGAGUACCCGUCUAUUGCACUCCUUGGGGCCAAGACAAGGAUAACCUACUCUCCCAUGACGGAUACGAACGUGUACACUGCGGGAAUAAACUGGUGGGACUACCCUGCGCAAGGCCCAGGUUCCGACUUUCCGCUCAUAGCUUCCUCCUGGUACAUUGUAUCAAGGACGGAUACGGAAAAUGAUGCGUCGAUCAACAGCCUUCCGUACAGUUGCUAUGAGGAGUUCAUGUACGAGGACGCGCAGGUCAAUCUCAAGGGGCGGGGUUGGCAGGGCUUCCGGAAGAUUUCGAUGUACAACUCUUCUAUUGAUUCCACCCGUGUCGAAACUUUCAAUCAGCAAUGGCCAUUCACCGGCACAACCUCGAGCGUUACCAUACUUCAAGGUAGGUUCGACACCGGGACAGCGCUGCAGACAAUCGAAUAUUCAUACAAGCCACGUACCUUCCCUGCUGGAAGCUACACCCUAUGCCGGGUCAACAAGAGUAAAGAGGUGACGACAUGGCUUGGCCAAGACACCGGCUCUCGACAAACCAUCUCGGGAUUUGAACAUGACUUUGCUGGAAUGAUACACUUCUUUUGGCUUUCUAAGCCUCCUGAGCGCAAGAAGGUCUCGACUUCGGAGUCGAAUCUUGACUUUGACGUGUUUGAGGCCGGCGAUUUGAGUCUGCAGCGGUUCGAGUAUACCGGGUGGGGCGGUUCUCUGUACAAGAGCUCUGCUUGGUCUUCGGAUACAAAUUCGUUCGUGUCAACAGUCACCGAGUACGACAACUACGGGAAGAGGCUCUCUACACUCGACCCUGCAGGUUUGCUCACCACCGCCACGUACGAGGAAACCUUUAACACGCACCCGAUUCGCAUCGACGAGGUUGGGCUCGGAGUCCAACAUCAGCGGGAAAUUGGCUACGAUUCUCUCUCUGGAGACAUUUUCGCCGAGCGUACCGCAAGCGGCACGGUCGUUCUGACGGUUCCAGACGAGUGGGGGCGGCGCAGCAGAGUCAUCAAGUCCACUGUUAAAGGGAGCCACCACAAAUACGAACGUGUAAGGUCUGCCGCUGGGAAGAUGCUUUUACUUACACGCAGCAAGAUCUUCUAUAAGGACGGGAAAGACGGUGCGACGGAGAUUCAAGAGCUCGUAGACUGCGUCGGCCAGGUCAGAAAGCGAGGGAUACUCCAGGGCCAGGAGGACGGGUCUUGGCAAGCGUUCGAGUUUGACUCCAGGGGACUGCAGACUCUACGCAGUUAUCCGAUCAAGCUCCCAAGCGCUAACGGCUCCAGGGACGCUUGGGAUUGGUAUCCGGAUAAAGACGCGACUUACCGUAAAGAAUGUGACGCCUUGGGGCGCGAUAGGCUCGUAACCACACCCAGCCACGGCGGCCCGGGGAGCAGCGUGAUGCGCCGAACAGAAUACCUGGAUGGAGGGAGAAAAGUACGGAGCGUCAUUGAAAGCGUUUCUGCCGGUCAAGAGGGCUCCAAGAUCCUCUCGACGAAGGAGCAUCGCGCUGAAUUGUUCAAUGGCGUGGAGAAGACCGUCAUGUCCAAGAACGAGAUUGGCCAAGCUACAGGCUUCAACUACGAUCCCCUGGGGCGCCUUAUUAUUGCCAGUGACCCGGCUGGCAAAGCAGAAACUCGAGCGUAUAACUCCAUGGGGAAGCUCGCGGAGAUCCGGAACGUCUACCAAGGCACCGUGAAGAGGAAAUACAACGAGAGCGGAUGGCUAAUCGAGGAAACGAACGGCGCGGGCGAAACCACGGCAUAUGCGUACGACUGCAAAGGCCGAGUUCUCCGGCGCACGCUUCAUGACGGAUACCUCACGCUCUAUUCAUACGACGAGGGUCUCAAGGAUACGUUAUCCACCAUUCGCGACAAGAAGACAUGGUGGGACAGCACUCUGGAGUACCUGGAAAAGUUCGAGUACAACGCCAAAGCCAAGGUUACGAAGCGCACGCUUUCUCUUUCGGCGACAGAGUCCUACGUUAUUACGAGUUCCUAUGAUUGGCAAGACCAAGAGGUCCUUCGUACACUUCCAGAUGGAACACGAGUUUCGCGCGAGUUCAAAGGCUCUCUGUUGAAGAGCCUUACCAGCGACCAUCCGGCGCAUAAACUGAGCGUUACAUACGGAAGCUACAGCGCUACUGGGAAACCCGAGCAAUGGGCUAUCGAGAGGCAGGAAAGCGGACCUGGGUCUAGUGGUUCGGCGGGCUUUGUUCAUACGAGAGAAUACGACACGCUUGGAUUCCCGGUCAAUCAGACCUUGAAGAGCGGCGAGAAGAUACUUGCCUCUCGACAAUAUACAUGGAACGAACUCGAUCAGCUCUUCAAAGCCCACGAGGGAGAGGAUGCAGGUGGGAGCACCGACUACCUGUACGAAGCGGGCCGCCUCACGAACUGUUCGGACCCCGUAAAUGGGUCUACCGGCUACACGUACGACGAAUCGGGCAACGUGACAAGUCACGGCGAACGGCAAUUUACAUACACAAAGAACAAGGCUAUCGUCCUCAAUCGAGGCUCCGUGGAAGCCACCGCCGAGUAUGACGCGGCAGGUCGUCUGAUCCGUCGCACAAUCGAGGAUAAAUCAGACUUCAACUUCCAGUACGACUCCAUGAGCAAGCUCCGUUCCAUGGUCAACAACAAGACCGGCUCCGCCACCAAAGCGCAGGUAUUCUCCGUUCGGCGUCAUGACGGGGAUGACAAGGAUCUAUCCAACACCUACGAGGGCCAGAGAGCGGACGAGGACACGCAUCUCCUGGAUUUCAACGCGCGGUGGUACGACCCGCUAUUUUGCAGAUUCACGACGCCGGACAACAUCACAGACGAGCCUUCGAUGCAGCGAGUAGACGGCCUGAACAGAUAUGCGUUCGAGAACAACGACCCCGUCAAUCACAUAGACCCGACGGGCCACUGGAGCUGGCAGUCCAUCCUAGCCAUCGUCGUCAGCGUCGUCGUGGCCGUAGUCGCGGCCGUGGCAACGGUAGCUACGGGAGGUGCUGCGGCAUCCCUGACGCCUUUCCUAGCCUCGCUGGUGUCUGCCGCCUCCUCCGCAUGGCUCGGAGCAGGUAUCGCCGGGGCAGUCUUCGCCGCAAAAUACCACGACCGGGAAGGCAAAGACUUCUGGAAGGGAUGGGGCGCCAGCGUCGCCAUCGGCUUCGGAACCGGGUUCGUGACGGGCUUCGUAUCCGGGGCGUUUGGAGCGUGGAUCGGCACCGCGGGCACCUCGGGCUUCAUCGCGUCCCCGACCAGCCGGCUCGCCGCCGACGUCGCGUUCCGCGCGGUGGCCCUGGGACCCGGCGACGGAUUGAUCGAUAGGCUAGGCGCCAACGGGAUCAGCCGCGACCUCAUGGGCGAUGACGUGAGCCUCGCGGAUGGACUCCGCGACGCGGCGUUGAUCGGCAUGGCCAGCUCGGCGGCCGUUCCCGCCGCCAAGAGGCUCGGGGGUCGUGCCAGGAAUGUCUGGCGGGGAGCAGCCAACCGCGUACGGCCCGCUGCCGUGGCCCAGGCGGCGGACGAUUUGGUGUUUGAGCCCAACCCUCUCUUCCAAGUGGAGAUGGCGGCGCCAGCGAUGCCAGCGCCGAUGGUAGCCGUGGUGCAUCCCCUACCGGUGCCUUCGGUCCACGGUGGUGUUCCGGGUGGGCUGAAUAUGGAUUUGUAG